AGCCAUGUGCUCACAGAAAAACACAGUGUCCUCUGGUGGCCAUCCUGAGCAUCACCAGCUGAAGACUGUGACAAGUUCAUAUGCACUUCUGCAAAUAUUAUCACAUUUAUUUAUGUGUUUGUUUGUUUGAAUCUCUCAAUAGUUUACAACAGUAACCAGGCAGUGAAGACAAGAAAAAGAUAUAAAAUUACAGUCACUUGUAAUCAUCACCUGCAGUCUCUCACUAUUGUAGAAACAGACAAGACCCACGAAUCUGUUUCCACAGAACAGCAGAAUAUCAAAGCAAUGCGCAAAGUCUCUCAUUAAGCGUUUUCCUCACGUAGAAAACCAUAUGGCUUACUGCGUUAAGACAGUGAUAAUACAAGACCAAAUUCAAGGUACAUUUUAUUAAUAAAUGUAAUUUAUAAGGCAAGCAGGUGGCCAGAAUAUGAAUGAAACGUGCAAAGUUGCACUUAAGUGUUUUGCUCCUAUACCAUAAAACACUUAAAGUGACGUCACAGAUGUGUAAGUGACAUUGUAAUUUUUUGGGGGUGGGUUAAAAAUAAUGUGUUCUGGGCCCUUGAAAUCAUCGCCAGCAGUCACUGGCAUUCAUGCAUUGUUGAUUUUCCAUCUUUGAUUUCCCUGCAAAUUCCUGUUUAAUUUCCUGCAAAUUCCUGUGUUUUUAAAGGGCCUGUUUCUGUUCCUGUCUUCAGGUCUCCAGCUGUUGUAAACCAAACUCAAGAUCUUGUGAAUGGUGAUGAGUUAAAGACUGUGAUGGAGGGAGAUGUUCUCACUCUACACACAGGACACACUGAGAGUCUCAGUGAAGUAACAUGGCUUUUUAAAAGAGGUGAUCAAACUGUUCGUAUCGCACAGAUGUAUCAGGGUUAUGACCCUUUUUAUGAUAAGAGACUAACCAGCAGAGUGAAAAUGAACCCAAAGACUGGAGCUCUGAGCAUCUGGAACAUCAGCAGCAGCGACUCUGGACUUUAUCAAGUUUCUCUCCACAGUGGAUCUGUCUCAGAGAAAAGGUUCAGAGUGGAUGUUUACAGGCCUGUUUCUGCGCCUGUCAUCAGGUCUCUUGUUAGUGUAAACCAAACUCAAGGUACUUUAAAGCAGCCACAGAAGAUGGAGGAGUUCUGCUCUGUGUUCUGCUCUGUAAGAAAUGAUCGAGGUGUGUUCAUCUCGUGGUAUAAAGGGAGUGAAAUUCUGAACCAGACCAGCAAUCCUGAUCUCAGCAUCAACCUCAGUUUAGCAUUAGAGCUUCAUUAUAAUGAUUCAGAGACAUACAGCUGUACAGCUGUGAAUCCAGUGAGCAACAAAACUGUCCAUCUUCACAUGAAAGAGAUCUGCCCACGACAGGAAGAUGAUCAGGAUCACUGUGGUGUCUCUGAGGCUCUGGUUCGUCUGGUUCUGUCUGGUCUGCUGGGAAUCUCCACAGUUGUAUUUCUGGUUGAGCAUCUGAGGUUCAGCUCAUUUCAGCGAAGAGCUGCUUUUGCUUGAUGACGGUACUUUUAUUAGACGUCACAAUGGCCAAAUCCGUGAUGGUGAUGGAAGGCUAUGAGGACUGUUGGCAGUGAGGCUGAAAGUAUAAAUUCAGAGCACCAUUUGGGACAGGGCCAUAAAGUAUUAGCAUUUUGACACUGAAGUUCAUGUUCAGGGAGAAAGAUCUGAAAACUGACCACCUAUUACUGACACCCUUAAAAAAUAAAAAUAUAAAAAAGGGAUGUUUGUCCUCUUCUAAAUAUGAAAUAUGGAAACUGCCCAUAUUUAUCCACUCAUUACAGAGCAGAACACAAUGCUGACAUUUUCUGUGGCUGCUUCAAAAAUCAAAGAAAUUUCACACACAAAAACUUUCAG